CGCCGAAGUGACGACCGGCGGGUACGCCCAUAAACAUUACCCGGAGUAUACGCAGUCCACCAUAUCUACCGAGCCGGAAGAAUGAGAAGAAAAAAAGGAGCUCCGAUCGUGAACUAACUUUUCCAUCGAGAGUAUACUAUUCUGUGCUCACUGCCGAGAAGCAUACCUUUAGUUCACUACACGACUUUUCUAUUCGCCCAGCAUAACUAUCAUACGACGAUGGAGCAUGAUCAGGACUGCAAAGAGCACGAGCUACCGCCCGGAUCCGAGAGUGAUGUGACGACGGCACCCCGGGGGCAUCUGAAGAAGCCCAUGUUUUUGGAGUUUCGCAGCGGGAAGGGGUUCAUCAUCGCGGUGGUUGCGGUGGCGGUUUUUACGGACGUCUUUCUUUACGGCCUGAUCGUACCGGUGUUCCCCUUCUCCCUCGAGGACCGGGUGGGUGUUUCAUCAGACAGUGUUCAGAAAUGGGUCUCCGUACUGCUCGCCGUUUAUGGUGUAGGGUUACUAGUCGGAUCUCCGGUCUGCGGGUACAUAGCAGAUCGCACCACCAGCCGCCGUGCACCGUUCAUGGCCGGUCUAGUAACGCUCGCCGGCUCCACGGUGAUGCUGUGCAUCGGCUCCAACAUCACGGUCCUGGUGAUCGGCCGGUUGCUGCAGGGGAUAUCCGCGGCGGUGGUGUGGACCGUUGGUCUGGCGCUGCUCGUAGACACCGUGGGGCAGGAUGAGGUCGGCGAGAGCAUGGGGGUCGUGGCUGUGGCCAUGAGCUUGGGCAUCUUUGUGGCGCCGCUACUGGGCGGUGUCGUGUACGAGAAGGGCGGUUACUAUGCUGUUUUCGCCAUGGCGUUCGGCUUGAUCGGCGUCGACAUAGUGCUACGGCUCAUCGUCAUCGAGAAGAAGACUGCGCAGAAGUACAUGGACCCGGAAGAAGAAGCAGCAGGCGACCCAGCGGUUCCUGCAGAUCUGGAGAGAAGCGACCAAGGAACGGUAUUACCGGAUUCGGUAGAGGAAAGAGAACGUGGGGAUCAGCCAGACUCUAGCCCUGAAGAGCUAUCCAAAAUAAGACUAUUCCUAAGGAGAAUGCCCCCAGUAAUAACAUUGCUGGGACACCCUCGACUUCUUGUUGCACUCUGGGCGACGUUGAUGCAAGCAGUGCUGACGACAUCGUUCGAAACAACCGUUCCACUGCAUGUGCACGACACCUUCGGUUUCGGGCCGACCGGCGCAGGCUUGAUGUUUAUUGCACUGAUAGUACCGUCGUUCUUCGCCCCACUGAUCGGAAAGAUGUGCGACCGCUACGGACCCCGCCUAUUCGCCACGGGCGGGUUCAUCCUGCUAACUCCCUUCCUGAUCCUGCUGCGUCUACCUGACAAGAACGAGGUGGGCCAGAUCGUCCUUUUCUGUGCGCUGCUGGCCCUGGCCGGAGCGGCAUUGGCGCUCGUCAUGGCACCGGUCAUGGCCGAGAUAACGCUGGUGGUACGGGACCUCGAGAGCAAAAGGCCGGGUAGAUUCGGGCCGAACGGCGCUUAUGGGCAGGCGUACAGUCUCUUCAACGUUGCAUUCGCAGGCGGGUCCGUUGUGGGUCCAUUGCUAGCCGGCUUGCUGAACGACGCUGUGGGCUGGAAGACUGUGACUUUGGUCUUGGGCCUCUUAUCCUUGUUCGCCGCUUUCCCCACGUUCAUCUACACUGGCGGCCUGAUGACGAAGGAGAAUCUAAAACGCUUGAAGAUUUCGCGUUCGACCCGGGCGGUGUAGAAUCUAGAGCGGUAGGACAGGAUUAGGUAUAUAUUGGCAGGUGAGGGAACCUGUGUAGGUAUGUGGAUAUGGAAAUGCGGAUAGAGGUAAUGUAAUGUAUAGUCAUGGUAAUCUGAGGUUUGGAAAUCGGUGAGGGAUACCGAAGACGGGCAGAAUAUAUAUAGAUAGAGCUUUUGGAAUUAGUGAGGGGUAGUGAGGACGGGCAAAAUAUAUAUAGA